CAAAACUUAACCGGAAUCAUUUCCGUAUAAGAAUUACAGCUGUUUAUACUAAUCUGAGUAAUCAGAACCAAAGUAGGUGCACCAUCCUGAUGUAGAUUAAGAUGAAAGGUCAAGGCUUAACGGGGUGAACUUUGGAUCAAGAACAUGGAAAAUGCGAGCAAUUGCUGUGAUAAUGAUAUCAGUUCCAGCUGCUCAAAAAAACAGUUCACUGGAGAACCAACUUUGAUAAUAAAACAACCUGAAGCAGUUUUAGAUGAUGUUUAUUAUCGUUCACUUGAGUUAGUUGACAUAUUUGUGUGUACAAUAAAAGACAAAAAGAAGACCUCAGAAAUAGUGAAAAACAUUUGUAAACAUUUACCUUUGGACAAGUUAUCUCACCUGAAAAGAGUCAGAUCAAAUACAAAUCAAGCCAAUGAAUUGCAGAUAAUUGUUGCUGAGAAUUAUAAAGAAGAUUUCUUAACUAAUACCUGGUUAGAUUUGUGUGAAAAUAAUCCAGUCUAUUGUCAUGUUAGUAAACCAUACAUGGUAAAAGUACCCAAAUUACCUCCCUUGACCAGACAACAGUAUAACAAUGCAGUACAAUAUUGGCCAUGUAGUUUCCAUGAAGAUAAAAGGUUUAUCUUUGUUUACAGGAUAACUAGACUUUUGAACAGAAGUUUUUUCAGUGCAGAAGAAGUCAGGCAUAUCUAUAAGAACAUGGAAGAAGCCAUUUCUGUUGCCAAGUCUUCAUUAUACAAGGUACAUAUAGGAGCUGUGAUAGUAGAUCCUAAAUCUGACACAAUCAUAGCAAAGUCAUGUGACCUACGACAAGGAAAACAUCCUCUCCAACAUGCUGUAAUGGUGGAAAUAGAUCAGGUGGCCACAGUACAAGGUGGUGGAAUGUGGCGAUUAUCAGAUAAAUGUUUGAGCAAUUCUGUACAAAAACAUUCCUGUGGUAUAGAGAAGGGAGACAAAACAGGCCCCUAUUUAUGUACUGGUUAUGAUUUGUAUGUCACUACAGAACCAUGCAUUAUGUGUGCAAUGGCUUUAGUACAUUCCAGAAUAUCAAGGGUUUUCUAUGGAAGCUCACAUCCAGAGGGUGCUUUAGGAUCUAAAUAUAAACUUCAUGUACAGCCAGGUAUCAAUCAUCACUAUGAAGUAUUCUGUGGUGUCCUCAAGGACAAGUGCGACAAACUGAUGAUUGACACAACUUGACCUACUAAAUUAACAUAUUUACACCCGUAUAUGGUUAAAUGUUGGAAUUCCUACAAGUCGUCUGCUACGUAGGAAUUCAGUGAUGUCUAGAAGCACAGGUGUGAGAAUUUAUCAUCCGACAUUGGGUGAUAAUUAUUUCCCAUUAUGGUCAUUUUAGAGUACUUGGAUGUGCUUGUGCCUUUUAAAAUAUAUUCAGGAUUACCACAAAGACAUUAAAUAGUUUCCUGUUUUAGCAGCAGUGUAAAGA